GAGUUGUGGCAUAAAGUUAUAAUAAAACGAUUUUUAGGCUAAGUCUGUCUUUAAUAAUGCUGUUUAAGUCCUUUAUGAUAUAUACUUUGGGAAAAUGCUACUUCAGCAUAUUGAAAGGAAUUAUGAAAAAAAUUAAAAGUUGUGAAAAAAUGGGAAGUAGAAUACAAGUUGAAAUAGCUGCGCAGCUGGGGAGAAGGACAUAGAGCAGGGGUGGCAAGGACUAACCCAACCAACUCAGCUGAGCAGAAGAAAAUUCCAAGUCAGUGGCUCAAGAUGAACAAAGGAAAACACCAAAGCCAGGCUGAAGAUAAUAUAUAUGAGGAUGACUACAUAACAGAACCCACUGAGCCUUCUGUGAGGAUAGAGACUCAUGGAAUACAAGAAAAAUUUUUAUCAAAAUAUUUUAAUCCAGGUGAAAAGUUCAUGGCACAAAAGACACUCCUGUUUGUUCUGGUGAUCUUGUUUAUCCUUGUGUUCAUUUUCCUGAUAAUUCUAACAAGUCUGGUGUCUAUAUAUUACUCUGUUAUUACCAGUCAACUAAAGCAGUCAGAUGAGGCGAAAGCGGAACUUGUGUCACAAAUGAGAAUCAUUAACCAGACUUUUGAACAAACCUGCAGACGCUGCCCCUCUGGCUGGAGAAUGGUGAAUUCAUUUUGCUACUAUUUUUCUACUACUCCCCAGACCUGGGAGGAGGCUAAAACCAGCUGUGCCAAUGCAAACUCCUCCCUUCUUACUGUAGAAGAUGAAGCAGAAAUGGUGAGAUGCUCUUUCCAUCUAGAGAGCUCUGAUGUUAAUUAUUGGUUUGAAGCAGUACUGGAUAGGCAUGUAUCGUACAACUCCAGGCGUAAAUAAGUGGAAAUGGAUCAAUGGCAGGGAUCUCGACUUCAAUUAUUGGUUAAAAAACGAACCCAAUAAUAAUCAAGGGAAGGAGAACUGUGUGGAGACUCGCAAUGAGCGCUUGAAUGAUUAUCCGUGUCAUUUAAAGGAUCCAUAUAUCUGCAAAAAUCCCCAGCGAUAUUGUUAGGAGCUCCCAGUCAUGGCGCUGUAUACUGAAAUAAUAAACAUGCAUGGAUUUAGCAACAAA